AUGCAACAAUCCUUUGACAGGAUUAAAAGGCAAGCUCGGGAGUUAGGGGGAGACCCUGAGAGUCUUCUUGCGCAUUCAACACCUCGCCUGCGGGGAAGUGCAGCAGCGCAUUCACCGGACCGCAUCCAUCUGUGCCGUGAUCGUCAAGCAGAUAAUAGUGCGAGUUGCUUUGAUAUUGCCUUUAAUCCACAAUACGAAAAUGGUGCAAGUGGUAGUGGACAGCAUUCCUCUUCCGCUCGACAAGCAUCUAGUGGCUCUGGUGCUGUGACACCCAGUGGUGACGCAUCACUCCACAUGCCCGGAACACGUGAACAAGCGCCUGGAAUGGUCGCGAUCAACCAAGCGGAGCAAAUUCUCAGAGAGGUGGCAGGGGCAGGUAACAAUAAGGCGAUAGGUUGGGACUGGUUUGGCGGAGAUACAGAUGGAGAUGGAGCACAGGGGCUGAAGGCAGGGUAA